AUGGUUGUUGUACAACCAAAACCUAGAGUUAGUGUUAAGCCAAAGGCUAGAGUGGUGCUCGACAUUAUGGAGAAGGAUGAAAUAGAGGUUCUUUAUGAAGAGGUCGGCAAAGAAAGAAGAAGAACAAUAAGUAUUUUGGUGAAGAUGAUGGCUAGGAUUAAAGAUGGUUGCCGCCAAGCUUUGACUUUGGCGUUGAAGAUGAUGAGUGGGUAG